AUGAGCCUGAAUCCCGUUGUCAUGGUGAUCGCUAUGGCCUUCUUAAUAACCAGCGAGGCUCUGUCAGCAAGUACACUUCCCAACCAGGCUGGCGAAGAAGGGGGACAUGGAUAA